AUGCGAUUCUCACGCGUUGUACCGGUCUUGCCUCUGGCGACCGCAUUCGUCAUUACCGAGCCAGAAGUCUUCUCAAACAUCAACAUUGAGAAGUCUGGAAAGUCCCUUGUCGACAACGCUCAUACUGUUCUCGACAACGCUCAAAAUGUCAUUGACGACGCAUUCAGCAAGGUCAAGGACGGCGCCAAGGACGUCUACAGCAAGAUUCACCAUGCUGGUGCCGACGUUGAGUCGUGGUUAGAGGGUUCUCAAUUCGACGACAGCGUCAUCGACUUUGAGAAUCCUGAGCACCCUCCUCAUGAUGGACCGCCACACCAUGGCGGACCUCACCACCCUCCACACGACCAGAAGCCGAACCGCACGGUCUACGAGCUCAUCAACGAGAGCAAAUACACCACAAAGCUUGCAAAGUGGAUCAAUGAGUUUGACGACAUCGUGGAGGCGCUCAACAGCACCAAGGCCAACUACACAGUCUUUGCUCCCACAGAUGAGGCCUUUGAGAAGAUUCCCGAGCAUCACCACAAGCCUUCCAAGGAAGUUUUGAAGGACAUUCUGCUGUACCAUGUCACCGACGACCUGUAUCCUGCUGGUCGCGUACUCCACACAUACACCAUCCCAACUCUCUACACCCCAAGCAAGAACCUAGGUCACCCGCAGCGCCUUACUGUUCGCGUGACACUCAAGGGUCCUGCGAUCAAUUUCUACAGCCGCCUCGUAGCAGUCAACAUCUUCGGAACCAACGGUGUCGUCCACGGCGUCGAUUCCAUCCUCGUACCACCUCCCAACGUCGCCUCCAUCAUCGACUUACUCCCUGGCGAGUUCAGCACUCUUGAACUCGGUCUCACAAAGACAGGCAUCUAUGAGAAGAUGAACAGCACUGACUACCCACAUAACGGCGGUACAUUCUUCGCGCCCUCCAACUUUGCGUUCCAGAAGCUUGGAGCGCGUGCCAACGCCUUCUUGUUCUCAAAGUAUGGUGAGAAGUACCUGAAGGCUCUUUUAGAGUACCACAUUGUCGUUGAUCAGACACUUUACACUGAUGCCUUCUACGAUGGGCGUAAGGACGACAAGGAGACUGUCGAGGAGCGCCCAGGAGGCUACCACUACGAUCUCCCUACUGCUCUUUGCCACAAGAACCUCGCCGUUGACGUUGGUCGCUACGGACCUUUUGUCGAGAUCAGGAUCAAUGGCUUCUCGCGUGUCACUGUUCAUGACGGUGUAGCUAGCGACGGUGUCAUCCAGGUCGUCUCCAACGUCCUGAUCCCACCCAAGACUUCUGGUGGCGAGCAGAGCUUUUGGAAGGGUGAGGAGCUCGACGUCGAGGACCUGAAGGAGCGUCUCCAGCCUCUUGUUGAGAACAUGGAGUUGUAG